AGGAAUUUCAGAGGUCUUGAGAAGGAAUUCUCUAGACGGUGAGUGCUAGCCUUGCCAAUUCGGCUAACAUGGCGACGUGAUGAGAUAAAAACGUUGUUGAAUUACUACGAUUUUUUCGCCGAAAUCAAGCAAAAUGGAUGGGGAAGAAAGGCUAAACGGUACCAGUAGCUGGGAGGAACAAUGCGUAGAUGCUGCUGAAUGUGAAUUGAACGCUUUAGAGGAAAAAUUAGCCGCCGAAAGAGACGAAAAUUCGCAACGAAUUUGGUUGUCGUUUCAAAACGCAGCAAACGCCGUAGCUCAGCUAUUUCGAGGUUUGUUUACUUCUAUUUUAAAUACAAGAAACUAUUUAAGUCGUCCCUUAAAAGCAACAGGGUUUCUUUGCAUUAUUUUUGGGUUUAAAAUAUGCUUUUUGUCUUUUUUUAGAACGUGGUGAUGUUUUUCAUGGUUCUUCCCUGUGGGCACCUUUUCAAGACACCGCCAAUUUGGUGACAGUUCUUUACAAAGGUAGUAUUCAUUUAAUGAUUUCUGUUGUUAAAUGGCAAGGGAAGAUCAAUUCAAAAUAUGUAACCAUACUAUAUCUUUGUGUUAGGAAUAAAAUACUGUUGUUUUAACCAUUUUAUUGUUUGAAAAUUUUGACAAAAGAUUUUAUUGGUGAGGUAUAACAGUACGACUGUUGGCCAGUCCUAAAUGUGUUUUACUUUGCAGAUAGCAUUGAUACGAACAAAAGAAACUUCGAUGCCGGCUACCAGGUCGGUCACAAGAAACGUAACCGUGAAGUAAUCGCUUGGGCGAAAAAGAAAAAACGAUCGAUCAAACGUGAUGAACUUUUAUCUUAUCUAAGUGGAAAAUCACCGCCUCGUUACCAAAGAUGCGAUUCAGUUGAAGACAGAUCCUCUGAAGAUAUGGGCAUGCAAUGUGCUAAUGCAUAUAGCACCCUACAUAAUCCUCUAUUACCACCUGUUGUACCUACAGUUGGGUUUACCAGUUGGAACAGACGAAGGAACUCUCGGACUGAUACCUUUGACGACGAUAUAGAAAGUUGUGAAAUUUUUCGAGAAACUCGCAAACGAUCGCUAUCAAGUCAGGAUGUCGUUAUGGACUCGUCUUUGCACAAAAAGUGUAAAUUCCUUUAGCAAUGCUGAAAUUUGAUAAAAUUUGAUUGCAAAUGUAUUAUAGUUCCCAAAAUUGAACUACUAUGGCAAAGAAAUAUAAAAUAUAUUUUGGAAUAUGUAGACAAGUUCUGGAGAAAAAAACAUAGCAUGUUUGUUGAAAUUGUGUGACUUGAAAACCGAGUUUUGUUGCUUUCUAUAAACACCCAAAACAUUAGGACUAUAUUGUUGUUUUGUGUGACAGCGACUUAAAUGUAAAUGGACAUGUGGAAGUCAUAGUUUGUUUUAUAAUCCUGUUCUGUUGUAUAUUUUCCCAAUAGAGUUUGUAUCAGCAAUAUUGUCUAGUAUUUGUAAAAAAAUGAUUAAAAUGUCUACAAGCAUUGGGUAGGAUCUAUGUAAAUUGUUUUUUUUUGCUUUGAAGAAAGUUAUUAUACUGGCAAAAAAAAGCUUGUAUAUAAAUACAGAACAAAAAUAGGUAAACCCUUAUAUUAGAAAAUUGGAAUUGAAAAUUGGAACUGGUACACUCCAGUGGCAGACACUUCACAAAAUAUUGGGGCGGGGGCAAAAUGUUUAACAUGCAUGCCGAAGGGUAUGUGAAUCUUUCAGAACAGGGUUGCUUGAUGAAAUGAAUAGAGUCCUGAGUUGUGCCAUUUGACUGACAGAGCAUCAUUGGCAUGCAUUGUACAGAAUCGUAUAUUGCUUGCAACGUUACUAACUUUAGCUUAAGUUUUAUUUAAUAGUCAUUAUUUAAUAUGACAAUUAUGUAAUAUGGGUGUGAUUGCAUGCUUGCCACUUGGGUAAUCGUUCCAUGUUUCGCGCACCAAUAUAGUAAACGUUAUGUAAUGGAUAUUAUAGUGUACUGAAAAGUUAACUGGAUACCUCCAUAUACAUAUAUACACACUCUAACCCUAACCUAACCCCUAACUUAUAUUGGUGCGCGAAACAUGGAACGAUAACCGCCACUUGCUCCUAAACAAUGAUUGUGAUAUUUGGUACCAGACUUUUAUAGGCCUUUCAAAAUUAUAGUUUAUGCAUGAGAUAGGACAGCUAUACAUAUAUGUCAUGUUCCAUAUACUAAGAAGCUCGUUCAGUUGCAAAAUUUGGUGUCAUGCAUACAGAGUUGAGUGUUAUAAAAAAAGUGUGUUAUGGUGAGUGUCCACCACUUACUACCUGUAAUGGACCUUACAGUUAGAUAUCCUAAAAUCAGACAAUAUUGCACAAAAUUAGUUAUUUAAUUUGAUACCUCCACUGGUUUGUUUUUCAAGCUUCUGUUAACAAUCUGCCAUAUUUUCAUGACCAUGCUUUACCAACCAACAUCACCAGUAACGUGCAUUGUUACUGUAAUGUACAUUACUACAACAUCACCAGUAACAUGCAUUGUAAAACAAUUACAUUGCCACCACAAGCCCCAAAAUGGCAGCCUGUAUAGCGUUAGAGUUCAGAAGACUAUUGUCACUCUAUUUCAACAGUUCCUCCCACCGCCUCAAGCAGAGUCUUCAGUUUGUCUGCAUCUUCUUUGCUGAUAUUUUCUUUUAGAACUUGUGGAACACUUUCUACAAAUUUCUUUGCCUAAAAAAUUAAAGUUCUUUAGUGUGACUAUUGUGUGACUCUUGACUGUU